AUGUCGCCCACAUCAGCAGCCCCGUCGCCCGCCCCGCGCGCCCCUCGCGAUGAUGUUCAUCACGGGCUCAAGGAGCUCAGCAGCGCGCUCGAGAUAGGGGCCACCGAUAUCAAGGGGAGCAUUAAUCCGGAGCCCCUGGCCAUCCCCCAGCCCGGCCCAACCGCCACAUCCUCGAUCUCGGAGAAGGUGUCUGAGGAAACCGAUCCCGCGGCGGCUGCGGCGCCGCCUCGGCCGUCGCCCAGUGCUGUCACCACGUCGGCGUCGGCCCAGCCAACCACUGGCCAGGCCAGGCAACGGCUCCGGCUGGUCGCGACGGACAAGUCAAAGCUCUUUCUUCCUGGCCAGCCUCGCAUCAGACUGGAGCCUGCGGCUCCUAGCACAGACAACGAGGAUCGUGUACUGGAGUAUCUACGCGAAUCGCACCUCACCACCGAGUUGGACGGACUGCUUCCUUAUAUGAAGUAUAUCUUUGUCCAGACUCCGGCCCACAAGCACAUAAUGCCGCUGCACCACCAGAAGGCCCACGGCCGAGAUGUCAUUUUGAAUGAGCACCCAGGGCUGCACCUGGUCUGGUACUACGAUCGCAUCUUCAUCAAGCCCAUACCGGCCUACAUGUACAGCCGGGCCUUUUGGGACUACAUUUCGAACGCGGACCCCAAAGUGUACCAGGCCUCGCUGGGCUUCAUACGCUCCUACUACUAUCUCAUCCAGUUCGAGACCGAUUUCAGCCAGGCCUGCAAGAUUGGCCUGAUCCCCAAGAUUCCUACGCCCCCGGCCCCAGCCUUGCCGGGAGGGGACGCAGACCCCAAACAUCCAAGCUACGAGGAGUUUUGCGCCUUCAUGGAGUCCUUCGUGCCAGACAUCGAGGACACCGACGUCAACUACCGCUUCGGGUACGGCGAGCUGCGCCUGACGCGUAUCAACAAGACCACCAUGUUCUUCAAGCGCAAGAUGGCAUACUUCCACAUGCUGCCGCAGUGGGGGUCGUACCUGCAGCACCUGCUGACGCCCAUCAUCACCGUCUUCGCCAUCCUGACCGUCAUCCUCAACGCCAUGCAGGUCACGCUCGCGGCCCACGAGGUCGGCCCGGACACCGUCACGGACAACUGGAAGCCGUUCGUCGGCCUCUCCCUCUACCUCCCCGUCGCUGUCAUGAUACUCAUCUCCAUCCUGCUCGCCUUCCUCCUCGGCGGCGUCCUCGCCAUGGGCUUCAAGGAUCUCGUCUGGGCCAAGACGACUUCGCGCUAA